AUGGCUAAAAGUAUACUAAAAGACAACACGGCACCAUUGCCUAGUACGUCACGUCGAGUUUCUUUUGCACCUGAAGUGACUCUACAUCGAAUUGAAGUAUUCAACCCCAACAAAAGAAGAAAGACUGACGGUGGGGCUAGUGGGGCCAGUGGAUACUCUUCAUCUUCAUCACAAUCUGAUUUUGAAGUAGUCCAUUAUCUGACACGCCGCGAACUCGAAAAUGAAGGAGAUUCUGAGUUGAUAGAUUCAAGUAAUAAGAUUAAUGAAGACGGCGAAUUUGAUGGCAGUUCUGAUGAUGGUAGUAAACCGUUGACUGAUAGUUCAGACGAAAAGGAGGAAGGGGAAGAUAACAACAAUGAGGAUGCUGUUGAUGAUGAUGGAGUGCGACUGGCAUUGCCCCCUGCCAAUAUACGUGCGAUAGAAGUGGUUAAAAGCCUCGAACGAAAAGAAGAAGCUGAGGUCAGUAUGGAAUUGACUUCACAGGGUGCUGUUAGUGUAAUUGGAAAAGAGGCAAGAAUUGAUGCAUUGCCUAGUACACCAUCAGCGUAUGCAUCGGGAGAAGAUGCUGACUAUUCAAGUAAUGGUGAAGAGGAUGGGGCAAGCUUUGUUAAUAACGAUGAAGAGGAAGAAAUGCAGCUAACAGAAAGAGUGGACAAGACUCAGAACUCACACUCAGUUAUACCUGCCGAUGAUGAACCAGAAGAUAUGCAAUUAACUGGUCCUAUAACCUCCACAUCACGAAGAUAUCGACAAGCAUCUGCAGGCUCAGAUGAUGAUGGCGAUGAGACCAUAAAUUUGACAACUCUAAUGUCCAAGGUAGAUGAGGCACGUGUCAUGAAUAAAAUUGGAGGUGGAAAUAACCCUGAGGGAAGUAACGGUGAGAGAAGAGCUUCCGGUCGUCACCAGAGUAUUGAUAAUGUGACCGAAGAUGGUUCAAAUAUGGAAUUAACCGAGAAAAUAAGCCGAGUUGUACCUCGAGUGCCAAUUUUAAAGCCGAGCCUUCAAGAAUUACCAGAUGAUAAUAAUGAUGGUGAUUACGAUGCAGAUAUUCCAAAGAAUGAAAGUGAGGUAAAUGUACCGAACAAUACUACAGAGCAAGCAGUUGUGGAUAUGGAAAUUACCGAACCAGUGAGAAGCGAAGUGGCGCCCAACAAGAAGCCUAACAUGGUUGUGGACCCUGGAAGUUCUGAAAGCCAAGAUAUGGAGCUAACUCAACCUGUAACGAAAUUGAUUACGGAGCUGCAACGAGGCACUAUUGAUGAUCUGGCUUUACAAAAUGAGGAAAUGGAAUUGACUCAACCAACAAAGAGUGUGGUGAGGGAAGAUCAACCGAACAAGCCGGCCGAAGAAAAAAGCUCAGAAAAUGCAAAUGGUAUUAGUUCAUUGUCAAAAGUGGGAGAUGAUGGUGUUGGUGUCACACAAGGACAUAGUGUUGUAAGCAUGGACAUAACUGAACUGCAACAACCCUUGGCCGACUCACAGCAAUCUAUGGAACUCACACAGGUGCAAACAGUAGUAGUAAGACAAGAUACUCCCUUGGAACUGGCGAAGCAAGUGGCGAGUUUGGAAAGUAAAACUCCUGAACAAGAAGCUACUGCUUCAAAGGUAGCACUAGCUGGCGUUGCUUAUCAUACAGCUGUGCAAGAUACUGGUAAAGAUGAAAAGAAAGAAAUUCCUAUUUUACAUGAUGAGAGUGAACGCGUGAUAGACAGGUAUGCUAAUUACAAACAGGUGCAGUUAGCCAAAUUCCUCGAUGAUAUCAAACUCAGGUUUUAUACUGAAAUAGAUCCUGCCACGAAUGUAUUAAGUGGAUUUAGUUCAACUGAAUCUACUGCGCAUCAACCACCUUCUAUUCACGAUUUGAUUCUGGCUAUCCCCUACAAGGAAGUACUUGCUUUGAAUGAAUUUAUAAUAAAUGAAUUACAAACCUACAUUAGGGAAGGCGAGCGAGUAUUUCAAGAAUUUAAUGCGCAAAUUAGCAGUGACAACCCACCCAUAAUUAAAGAAUUUUACACGACAAAUGAUCUAAAGCAACGUGAAAUCAUGACUAUAUGUUUGAACAAUAUAAAAGAGAUGGCUAAAUUGGAAAGUAAGUCGACUUGGUAUAAGUGGAAAUCAACGUUGGUACAGAAUGUAAUUGAUGAGAUGGAGAGGCAAAUUGAGCUAUUAAGGAAAUGCCAAGUAGAUUUGAAUGACUAUUUGCUAAAAUUGGAUGAGGAAGGGGUGCGUGUCGAUACAUACAAGAGAGAUUUGGUGACCAAGAUGCAACGGUUGAAAAGUGCCAAGCAGGCAGUGGGUAGCUUAUCCCAGGACCAAGCGAAUGAGAUGCGGCAAGCGUUUAGCCAACUGAAGUCUGAAUUGCAAAAUCUUGGUAUUAAAUUUGAGCAAGCCAACAACCAGCUAGUGCAAUUGAAUCAAACAUUACUUGUAUUACAACACCAAAAGAUAGACUUGGUAAAACAAGUGGAUGAAGCUGGUUUUGAAAUAGACAAAAACAAAAAAUUCACCAAACAAGACAAGUUGAGUAUCAAGAAGAAUUAUGAUCGAUUAUCUAAAUCAACCCACUUGAAGUAUUUACGUACUGAAGAUCGGUCUACUUUUGUGUUUUUGUAUGACGCUACGAUUGUUAUCAAGCUUGAUUUUUUGCAGAACCUAUUUCAAGUUGGAGAAGUACAGUCCAAUAAAUUCAGGUUCAAACUGUUGAUCAACUACAUACACAAAUUCCCUGUAUUCAAUGAUGGUGGUGAGAAUAUAAAUCCUGCACUUAUAUGGACGCAAUUCAGAUCGUAUUGGCGGAAACUAGUUGAAUUUGAUACAGCAUUAUACUUCAACUUGUUUCAAUUUCCUGUAAAAGUGGUUGAAAAUAAGGAAAACAUUGAGGACGGUGUGAUUAGAUUUCAAGUUGAUUAUUUUGAUUUCGACAAGUCGAGAAGGUAUUUUGUGGUUGGAUCGCUUGCGGUUGCAUCGUUGCUUAAUUAUGAAUCUAGUAUUAGCUUUACAGUUAGACCAGCAAUGGCAUACAGCCUAGAUGAUCCAUCCGAGUAUGAUAAAACACUUACAAAGCUUGGUAAGUGUAUUGAUUUGCCUCAAUGUACAUACAUCUAUGAUCCAAAGCUAUAUAUCCGUUAA